AUGACUGUCGUACUAACGUUUCUCGGCAACGGUUGUCCCGCGGAAGUUGAAGCGCUCCCGCCACGGCGAUCACCGACCUUCCCCAACAACCCUCGGCUCCCCAGCUCACCCCUCUAUAGUCCUGCCACUGCGAGGGUAUGGGCCGAUAUGCGAUGGCCACCAUGGAGCUCCGAGUCAAACAAUGACGACCAAAACAAGGAGUCUGACUCCAUAUUUCCGCGCUCCGCACCCAUAACAAACAACCUCAGCUCGUACCUCGACUGGGAGGCCUUUGUCGAACCCAGAACUCUUAUCCCGACAGUCGUAUUGACAAGCGGCAUUCUAUUCGGCGUACGAUUUCAUCGUCGGUACCUACGCCGUAUCCCCGACGCGCCCAGCAUUUCGCCCUCUUUCCUGCGCCAUCGCUCUAUCUUCGGGAAAGUCACCAGUGUCGGCGAUGGAGACAACUUCAGGAUCUUCCAUACACCCGGCGGAAGAAUUGCGGGAUGGGGCUGGUUACCGUGGAAGAAAGUCCCGACGAACAAGAAGGAUUUGAAAGAUAAUACCAUCCACAUCCGUCUUGCCGGCGUCGAUGCACCCGAACUCGCUCACUUCGGUCGUCCAGAGCAACCAUUCGCGCGCGAAGCCCACGCCUGGCUCACGGAGUAUCUUUCAACCCGUUGCGUACGCGCCUCUGUUUACAAGCAAGACCAGUACAGCCGUGUCGUGGCAAGCGUGUUUGUGAGGAGGGCGUUUGACUUCCCACCAUUUCGGCGGAGAGAUGUCUCGUACGAGAUGUUGAGACGUGGCCUGGCGACUGUUUACGAGGCCAAGGUCGGUGCGGAGUUCGGAGGUGAUGCGAUGGAGCAGAAGUAUCGCCGUGCGGAGUCGCGGGCUAAACGCCGUUCCAAGGGGCUGUGGAAGGAUAUUGGAUCUGACUGGGAGAGUCCGCGGGAGUAUAAGACUCGUAUGGGCAAAAGCGACCCGGUUGAGAAUGGUGGGAAGUCGAAAUCCAAGUCUUCAAAGUGA